AUGCUUUCCCCUGCUCACCUCGCCUUCGCCGCCGCCUUCCUCAUCGUCGUCCGGUCAUCGGCGCCUGCCGCUGCUGCCCGACCGAUCUUCGCUGGCAAGCCCUCCCCCUCCGAGGCCACCGCCACCGCGAGGUGGCUCGCCGCCCAGAACACGUGGGGUGUCCUCAGCACAAUAUCAAGUGACUUAAGUGGAGCUCCAUUUGGCAAUGUAGUUUCAUAUAGUGAUGGAGUCCCAGGCGAGGGCCGUGGAAUCCCCUACUUUUAUCUGACAACUCUGGAUCCUACUGCAAGAGAUGCACUGGAGGAUGAAAGGACCUCCUUUACCCUUAGUGAGUUCCCUCUGGGGACAUGUGGGAAAAUAGAUCCUGAAAACCCCACUUGUGCAAAACUUACUCUUAAUGGAAAGUUGAAGAUGGUUGACCUUGAGUCAUCUGAAGCAGAUUUGGCCAAGUUAGCACUUUUCACCAAACAUCCUGAAAUGAAGGGAAUCAGGGCUCAGUGA